AUGUACGGAGCGCGUUUAUUGCCAAGAAUUCUCCGUCUUCCACGUUGUACAAAUAUUAUUGAUUACACCAGGCCUCUUAAUGUUGUGCAAGACAUAACCUUUAAUUCAAACAAAUAUAGCUCAGUAGCAAUAGAAGAUAGCUAUGUGAAAAAAUUCAUGAAUGCUGUUGGUUGGAUGGAUCAAUCAAGAACACGACUUAAACUGACAGGAUACUUUCUCUAUGAAUCUAUACCAGAAAAUGUAGCUUAUCAUGAUUGGUUUGAAAAAUUGGAUUUACCAGACACCUUUGCGUCAUGGUUUAUAGUCACAGAACUUCAUGUUUGGAUAUUAUUAGUGCGGUAUAUGGCAGAAGAUGUCACAUUGAUAACAAAUGACAAGAAGAAAUACAUUAAAGGUGAUGGUCACUUUGUAAGGAAUUGUGUUAUAGAAGCUUUGUGGGCUGAUGUUGGUAAUCGGAUUAAGCUUUUAGAGGGCGCAAAUCCAGCAGUUGCAAGAAAACAAGUAACAGAACUAUCAGAGCAGUUUCAAGCAGCACUAGUGGCUUAUGACGAAGGUCUGAGUGAAGAUAGAAUUAUGGCCUCAGCUGUAUGGAGGAGGUUUUAUUAUCUUGAUGACAAUGCAAGAGCUGAGAAUAUUGAACGAAUUGUUCAUUUUAUCCGGCACCAGGUUUCAGUACUUGACAAGAUUCCGAGCAAAGAUUUAAAGUGGAAGCCGGUUUUUACCUGGUUAAGUAUAAGUGAUCAU